GACGUUGUGGGAGCACAGGAAAUGUUUUCGUUACUGUCGCUGCCGCAUUCAGUGGACGCAAUUCUAAUUCACACAGUCAAACACAACAGAUAUGGAUCCAGCUGUGGCAGUUGCUUCGUUCCAAGCGUAGUGGGAACUUCGUAUUUCCAGUACACUAAAUUGUGGUCAAAGUAGAAACUAUUUAUUUCUAGAUUGUGAGCAGUGAUUUGUGCUAGUCUACUACGAUAUGAACAGUUAUAUCUUACAAGAAGGUACUGAUUCCAGAGCAAAGGACAGCUAGCUGCACGCACACACCAGGUACUAGGAACGGAGUACAGGAAUAUAGCGUAAUAUCAACACGGAAUAAGGCUAUCAAACCAGGCAGUUUCAUCCAUCUCCAUAUAACGAUUGAAGCAUUCGUUAAUCUUGAGUAAAGUGUGCUGUGUAUUAAUAAAGUUGAUUUUGUGUUGAAUAUUUUAAUAAUAUGGGGAAAAGAAAAGAUAUGGCUGUUAUUCAGUUAGAAAACUUAAGGAAUUUGGAUCAUGCCGUAUUUGGUCAAGUGAUCAUAGCUAGGCAGUCUUCUUCAGAAAUCAAGGAAGCUUCGAUGUUCAUCGAAAAACCUGCGCCUGAAAACAGAGUAUUGGAGAAAACAAAGUCCGACAACACGAUGGAGUUGCAGAGACGAAAUAUUUACCGAAGAGCGGGAUCCUUAACCUCGGAGAUUCCGGAAUAUGAAAACAGAAUAAUAAGUGGUUUUAAAUAUAAAAGUGGAUUCGAACUGAAAGACGGCCAAAAGACAAAAGACAUUUCAAUCAGAAAUUGGCACUCGGCAGAAUUGCCUACAAUGGAAGAGCAACGAAAAAUGUCUAGUGAUUUUUUAAAUAAUAAAACAAAGUUGUCAACAUUUCCACCGUUUACAAAUGAGCAUAACUGUUGUCAUAAUUCUUUGUCACAAAUUUCUUCUCUUAGCGAGCCUCUUUCAACUGAAGAGCGUCCCAAUUGCAACCGACGUCUCUCAUCCUCCAGUCGAAAAUCACUUUCGUUCUACGGGUCAUCAUCGCUCUCCCGUGAAUCCUCUAUUGAAGAAGAAAAAGAAGUUGACAAUGGCAGUUCAACAAGUGAAAAUUGUACAAAAUCAAGAAUUCCAAGUGGGAGACACACCCGGCACAGUGUGUCUCAGUUAGUGGACGAACUUCUGUUAGACAUUUAUGGAAAGUGGUAUGGUAACGCGUUCGGACUGUCCUUCAACCGACGCCGCCACUCCGCGAAUAGCAGCGCUCACGAGUCGGAUUAUUGCAGCACAUCUGACGCUUCAGCGCCAUGGAAAAGUCAAAUUCAUCAUCCGGUCAGCGGCAUGAAUGAUUCGCUCCAACAAUCGAGGCUGAAGUGCAGAAGUCUUCCGGAACUUGAACAGUUGUUAGUUACUCUACGCUCCGACAUCCAGUACGUUGGAUCACUUUUAGUACGGGAGCUGAAGCGUCGCGACGCCCUCAUUUCAAGGCGCGAUAAGCAGCAUGACGUGAUCACGGCGUUUCUACAGGCUUUGUCUGAAAAAAGGAGUCAGGACACACGAAUUCGCUUCAGCGUAAUGCCCUCUCCGGGGGACAGUGGGUUCACACAAUGGCACGACGCUAUGAAGAUGGUGGCACGGUUGCCAGGAGGCAUCCCUCCGGAGUUCAGGAGAAGGCUGUGGCUGACUGUAGCCGAGAAGCAUCUACAGUCGCGGGGUGUAGACUGGGGUCACGCGGAGAGGUUCUGCUUCAACGAAUGGAGCAAUCCGGACGACGAUGAGCUGGGCGUGCAGAUUGUCAAGGACCUGCACCGGACAGGCUGCUCGUUGUUUUGCGGGGCGGCCGCUGAAGAGAACCAGGCGCUACUCAAGCGGGUGCUUCUGGCUUACGCGCGCUGGAAUAAAGCAGUUGGCUACUGUCAGGGUUUCAACAUGCUGGCAGCUCUCAUCCUGCAAGUAAUGGAUCGCUCCGAGACCGACUCUGUCAAGGUAAUGAUCUACUUGAUUGAGGGAGUUCUGCCGGAAAGCUACUUUGCAAACAAUCUACGUGGAUUGUCUGUUGACAUGGCUGUGUUCAGGGACCUCCUGAGACUAAGAAUGCCGACAUUGUCGCGACACCUGGAGCAACUGCAGCAUGAUGCCAGAGACAGUGCAACGGGGACAAGUUAUGAACCGCCUCUGACUAAUGUGUUCACAAUGCAAUGGUUCCUCACACUGUUCUCCAACUGUCUGCCACAACCAACAGUGCUCCGUGUCUGGGACCUCAUUUUUCUUGAGGGCAAUGAGGUGUUGUUGAGGACAGCACUGGCAAUUUGGGAUGGGCUGGCAGAUCGCAUCAUGGCUGUGGACAGUGCUGAUGAGUUUUAUAGCAUCAUGGGUGUUCUGACUCGAGAGAUGCUGGAGUUUGGUCUCAUGGAUACAAAUAAUUUAAUCAAGACAAUUGUAACUAUUGCACCAUUCCCAUUCCCUGAGUUGCCAGAGCUCAGGGACAAAUAUCUAUAUAAUAUCACACCCUGGACACAAACUGUGUCCACAGCUGCACGCCGAGGACUGAGGCUCUUCUAUUCCGAUGAUGAUGAUGAUGGUACAGAUGAAGAUGAUGAAAAAAUAGCUGUUGCUGCAGCAUAUGGUAUAUCUGCAGUCUUCAGGUCCCCCCGAAGGAAAGAUUCCUUGACUCGAGCCCCAUCACCAUCUUCUUCCCUAUCAACUAUAAAUUAUAGCCCUGCUACAGCUGAUAAGGACCGCCUAGCACUGGAUAUAUCAGCACUGAAGCAACAAUAUGCCAAGCUACGAGAGCGACAGCGCCAAGCACAUAUCAUUCUCACUGCAGCUUGUGCCCGACAGCCAUUAGGACCACCAGUUCCUACCCCUGCUGCUAUGAACCAUCUGCUGUUAGGCAAGAGUGCACUACUCAGUGUGAGGGGCAAGAGAGGUGGUCCACCUCCAGGGGCAGUGCCACCCCCAGCAAAUAUUGCCUUAAAAUCUGCUCCUAAACCACACAGGGGGCGUCAACAACUCCACAUUACUCCUCAAGGACAAUUGAUCACAGCAUCAAAUGUUGAAGUAGUAUCACCUCAAACUCAACAGCAGCAGACAGCAAAUUUAUGUGGCGAAACACUGCACUGGAAGGACACCACACAGAAAAAGCAGCGCAGAGGUUCACAACAAGAUGCAACAAUUGUUCAAAGUGCCCUUUCAGUAGUUGAUGAAAAGCUGCAAGGGAUCAGACAUGAGACUACACUGAGCAGGGAGAUACCAGUAAUCAAUGAACCAGAGUUACGGACUGAUGAUACCGAGAAACAGCAUGAUACUGAAAGUGAUGACAGUGGAAGCAGCACAUCAACUGAGCUGUGUGAUGAGCCAGACAGGCUGAGUGACUUUGAUUCUGAGGAGCCUACAAGUAUUAGUGACACAUCAUCACAAGUCCUUUCAACAGGAGAAGCCAAUGUUACUAAACUGGCAUUUCCUUCUACAGCAGAUAAAUCAGGUCCACCAACACCAGAAUCACUUCUUGAAAAUAAUAUUUCACCACUGAAGCCCCCAAAGAAUACAGUUAUACCCUCAAAUUCAAGAGAACUCAUUGUAUUAGAUGCUAAACCUCCACUAAUUUCACAAUCAGAAAAAUUGACAGAUAACUCCAUUAAGGUAGUUGACACAGAGCCUUCCUCAAUGCAGCAGCCAUUAUUUUUGCUUGAGGAAUGUGAAAUAAAGCCACCUAAACAAACAGAUGAAGUUCUAGUACCUGAAAAUAUACUGGAAUUAUCAGUUACUUCGCCAGCAUUUGUAGCUGAUGACACUGAAUCAACUGUUAUGAAGGAGACUUCUGAAUUGACUUCUCAGACAGAAGCAUCUCCAUCCACUGACACUCUGCCUGACUUUAAGUUGUUAUCGUUGCAGACACCAGAUAUUUAUUUCACUGUUGUAGAUAACAUCAACAAACUAUCAAUUUCUGUAGAUUCUUCUAGAGCAACAAGUUCAAGAGAAAGUACUUCAGAUACAGAGCUUCAUAAUCCCAAACAGUCUUCAUUAGAGAAACCUGGGCCUGAAAUAAAAAUUGAUGUUUCAGAUAUCUUAAAACAAUCUUCAUCAACAGAGGAGCCAUCUCCAGUUUCAUCUGACUUAUUUACUUCUUUCCAAACUUCUGAAUUAAAAAUGGCAACUGAAAACAGUAAUAGUGAUGAAAUUAUUUUAAAAGAAAAAGAAGAUACUCAUUACUGUUUUGAGGUGACAAAAUCUGAUGAACAUAUUUCUGAAGAUUUCGGUAUGGUAGAAUCUGACAUACAUUUUACAGAACAGCCUGUUACACACCCAUCUACUUCAGAAGUAAUGCACCCAGAAGACAAAAAUGAAGUGGCAACAAGUAACAUUUGUGCAGAGCUCAAAUCUGUGAAAGUUACAGACUACUGCAAGCAAAAAAGUGCAUUAAUACUAGGAAUUACUCAGGAGAGCCAUCAAGAUAUUUGUAAGUCAUUACAUAGCCCUAUUACUGAAACACUACAAUGCCUACGCAAGACAAAAGGCAUUUCACCUACAUCUUUUCAGUGUAGUGAUUUUUCUCCAACAGCACCUAACAGGAUGCUACAAGAUGAUAUUUGUAGCACUACAGACAGAGAUAAUACAACAAGGGAAAUUUGUGCUGAAACUAAUAGGGAAUUAAAAUCAGAAAUUGGAAUAUGUACAGAAAGUUCAGCACUGGAGACUGACAGUUCUUGUGUGGCUUUCAGUAAUGUUGAAAUAUGUGAUUCUGUAGAAGAUGCUGAACAAGUGAACACAUUGCAGGAUUUCAGGAAUACAGAAGAUAGGAGUGCAUGUGUGGAUGAUAGUGAAAGUGUUUCAGAGUUACUUGAAUUGAAUCAGAGAUUUCAGGAUAGGGAACAAGCAUGCGAGGUAGGAAACAUAGCAGACAAGGGGGAAACUGAUAUAGACUGUGCAGAAAUGAGUGAGCUAUUAGAAAUUGACCAGAAUAUUAAUCUUGGGCGUAGGAACAGUGAGCGUGCACUGAAGAUCAUACAAGAGAAUUCAGAAAUUCUCCAGCGAAUUUUACAAUGCCAGGGAAGACGUCCAAGUAAGCUAUCAGAUGAUGAAUCCAAUGGUGGCACCACAAAGUCUUCAGAAGCUGACUCCAAUCUGCCAUCCAUCGCUACAUCUUCCAGUCCAGAAAAUGUUGACAUGAUAUGCCAGCAGCUACAGGCUGUAAGUGACGUACCAAAAAUAGAUUCACGUAACAGUUGCAUUCUGGCGUUUGUGAGUCCUAAAGAUAAUACUUCUGUUGACUUACCAAAUGAAGUGUCUUCAAGUUCACCAAUUCCUAGCCAUUCCCUUCCAGAAAGUGAAGUCUUCCUAGACCACCUGCAGUCUGACAAAGAGAUGUCCCUAAAACUGCAGAGUCCUCAGUGUGAAAAGGAAGAACAUGUCAUGGUCACAACUACAGAAUACUGUGAUAACCAUUGCUUUUCAGCUCCUGAUAUGCCUGAAGAAUUUCUGAAAACACAAAACUUCUUAAAACCUCAGCAACAUGAGAAGCGAGAAUCACUUCUUAGAUCAGCUAGAAAUUUUGUGCUCUCCCUAGAAACUACAAUCAAGAAAGAUCCUAGAUGUUCUUUAGCUUCUGAAGUUUUGAAACCAAAGCCAGAGACUGAUGAUGUUACACAAGUUUUCCACCCUUCUGAUGAACAGUUUCAGUCACACUCAGAAGACAGAGCUACUCCUAAUAUCUCUGUCCAUUCUUUGCACCCCUUAAGUGAUAAUGUUCACCAUAAGGAUAGCAGAGUAAGCAGAACAACAGAGCUGGAGCUUGACAGAGAAAACUAUUCAUCAAAAAUUCAGUCUGGUUGGAAAAGGUUUUCAGGAAUGGACAGCAGUUUAGGUGAAAGUAUUUCUUCUAAAUUCCCUAAACGCUAUUCACUUGAAGCCACAAACUGUAAUUCCUAUAGCUCAUAUGGUUCAAAAGAUGGAAAGGAGAAUUUAAAGUAUCUGGAAUCUUCUGUAAAAGCAGUCACAGACACAAAAUCAUUAACAUCUGUUAAAUGGACUGAUGAUGAUGAUGAUAGUGAUGGUGACUUUACAAAAGAUAAACGUUCCAUUACACUUGAAAGAACUUUUAAUGAUUUUCAGUCUCAUACAGAUACAUGUUUCUCAAAGCUCUCCAACGACUUACCACCAACUUCAUCUUGGUGUUCUGAGAAAUCUAAACUAAAAGAUGAUUCCUCGCCUAUAAAAUCUGUCACUGACAGUCACAAUUUAUUUUCACAUCCUAGCACUAGCUCUUCAACAUACUCAGCAGACCUCAGAAUUUCAAAGCCUUACACUAGCAUUUCAAGGUAUGAAUAUUCUCCUACAAAAUCAAGGAGCAGUGAGAAGGAAUCUAGCACACAUUACUUUGAACAUGACAGCAGUAAACACAGAGAUGCCCUUUCACCAUGGUAUGCUGAAGAUUCAAAAACCUGUCCUUCAGAUAAAUUUAGUUUCAUAUCUUCAGCUGAUAGAACCGAAGUAUCACCGAUUGGUGAUUACCUACAAAAAUCGUCCUGUUCUUCUAAUAAAAGACUCACAGAAGACUUCCAAAAUAGUUGCCAUUCCAGUGCACCUUCAGCCUUCGAAUUCAGUAGUGGAACCUGGAAUGUGGUGCACAGAACCACCAGAAGAGAUCAUAGUCGGCCUCAUUCAACUAUAAUCACAGAUGCCACCCCGACAGAGAUUCUGAAUCGAUCCUACUCUUCAAGUUCCAUUGAUGGCUACCUUACAAGAACAAGACCUGACCUACCAUCACCAUCAGCUUCACCUGAUCGAGGACAACCUCUCUCUUCCUUUAAAUCUGUACAUGAUGAAUCAUCUUCCCCUGCUCCCACAGAGACAAAAAGUAGCAUGUUCAAUCCAAUUCGUCCAUGUGAAAUGGACAUUCCUAUGCAAGUUUUAGCCACUGAUCAAUACAGACAUUCUUCCAAGUCAUCUAGAAGAAAUGACUCUCAGCACAAAUUCUCUAUUAAGGAUCUGUCACCUCCAGGUUAUUCAUCAUUCCCACAGUCAAGAUGGGAAAAAGAUAAUCCAUCAUCAUCAUCACCACCGCCACCCAUUAAAUCAGAGAAUAGUAAUGAAACAUCUGACUCUCAAAUUUUCUCCACAGAAUCUUCCUUGGUUAAUGCCCCUUUGUCAGCAACUAAAUUAGGUAAGUCCCCUACAGUUUCACCAACAAGAAGUAAAGAUAUUCAUGUUUCUUUGCCUCCUAUAAAGGCAUCAAAUAUUGGCAGUCCAACAAAAUCAAAAUCAAAAUUUGACCCCUUUCCCCCAAGAUCAACAAUGAGGCAACCCAAGGAACUGGGCAUAAAGUUGGGUCUCUAUUCAACAGACUGUGUAAAUAAGAAUGGAAAAAUAGCAAGUAAGAAAACAUGAGAAUAAAUUUUGUCCAUUUAUUUAAAACUAACAAGUAAGUAUUUACACAUGCCAUAUUGAAAUUAAAACUGAAGAGUCUACCCUUCCUGAAAUAAUCCUUUUCCUAUACUUUAAGAUAUAAUUCCUAUAGAAAAGGGAAAUUAAAUUCUUUUGUCAUUACAACAGUAAUAUAAUAUAAUGUAAUAUGAUGAUGAUGAUGAUGA